AUGAUUAAGAAACGCUCCCGACCCCAGCCAAGGAUUCGUGAGGUGUCGCCGGAAUCAGAGGACAAAGAGAUAGAAGAAGGUGAUGAGAAAUUGCCGGAACGUCGUAGAUUAUCUGACCUGAUAGAGCUCCGAAGCCUGAGAAAGUUGCGGCAGGGUAUCGACGCGACAAGAUUGAAUAAAGGUGACACGAAGAAGAAACGGAAGCUCCCUGUUGAGGGAAUGCAGGAACAAGGAGGACUGAGGAAGGGUGCCGCCGUCGAUCCUGAAGAAGAGUAUGACGAGGAAAGAGAUGCUAGGGCUCGGAGGGUAGUGAGGGCGAAUAACUUCACUCAACAAACCAAUGCCCUCGACGUCGAUAAGCACAUGAUGGCAUACAUAGAGGAGAACCUUAAGAUCAGAAGCCACCCACGCGACGACUCAGAGAACAAGAACAAGCCCGUGGAUCCCCAGGAGGCGCUGUACCAAAUUUCAGAUCGAUGGAAAGUUGACCAGCAGAAACCCACUGCAGACGACGGCAGUGUUACCAACAGCAUAUCAAUGCUAACGGCCAUACCUGAGGUCGACCUUGGUAUGGAUGCGAGGUUGAAAAACAUCGAAGAUACUGAGAAAGCUAAGCGUGUUGUCGCUGAGGGAAAACAGGACAGACGGCUUACGAAUAACGACGAAGCUCAUUUAGCUGCUAAUCGAUUCUAUCGACCGAACCUGAAAUCUAAAUCGGAUGCUGACAUUAUGCGGGACGCCAAAUUGGAGGCUAUGGGUUUGCCUACUUCAGAAGACAGACCACAAAGGUCGAACGACAAGCCUCAGAUGGCUACAGACGAAUUGGUCAUGGAGCGCUUCAAGAAACGAAUGCGGAAAUGA